GGAGGCAGGCGCGGCUGGCCGGCGGCUGGGACAGGAGCGGAAAGGGGUCCCCGGGAGAGCGACUUCCUGGGGUGCGGCGUGGGGAGUGAAGUGCCUAAAUCUUUCACUUUCGUAUGGAGAACUGUAUAAGCUGUAACCAUGACUACUGAAGUUGGCUCUGCAUCUGAAGUAAAGAAGGACUCUGACCAUUUGGGUGUAGAUGCGACCAAGGAGAAAACUAGAGAAGCAGCAGAAGAUCGGCAGAAUCAGCCACCUGAGCCAGAGGAGGAAACAGCUUCCCAGCCAUCUCCUGCAGCUGAAAGCCAAAGCAGUCCACGCCACCGGAAGAGAGAGAAGGAUCCAUCUGAGAGCAGGGGUAUUUCACGAUUCAUACCCCCAUGGCUUAAGAAACAGAAGUCCUAUAACUUAGUAGUGGCCAAAGAUGGAGGAGAUAAAAAAGAGCCUACCCAAGCAGUUGUGGAAGAACAGAUCUUCGAUAAAGAGGAUUCCCUUCCAGAAGAAGAGAGACAGCCCAAGGGCGAUGCUGAGGAAGCCACUCAGAGGAAACCCCAGGAGGUUAAGGUGGAAGUCAAGGAAGAAAAACCUCCCACGAGCAGUGCUGAGACACAGCCUGCUGAAGAAGUAAGGAAAGAGAGAGAAGUGGAGAAAGUUAAGGAAAUACAGGGUGACAAGUCGGAAGGAGAAGUAGCAAAAAGGGAGACCAAGGAGGUGCAGACCAAUGAGCUGAGGGCAGAGAAGGCCUCUCUCAAAGCUACAAAGAAGACCAAAACCAUGCAGUGUAAAGUGAUCCUGCUGGAUGGCACGGAAUACACCUGUGACCUGGAGAAGCGUGCUAAGGGACAAGUAGUAUUUGACAAAGUGUGUGAACACCUCAACCUCUUGGAAAAGGACUACUUUGGACUUUUGUUUCAGGAAAACUCUGAGCAAAAAAACUGGCUAGAUCCCACAAAAGAAAUAAAGAGACAACUUCGAAAUCUUCCUUGGCUGUUCACUUUUAAUGUGAAGUUUUAUCCUCCUGAUCCUUCUCAACUGACUGAAGAUAUCACCAGAUACUUCUUGUGCCUUCAGCUCCGGCAGGACAUCACCUCUGGCCGCCUGCCCUGCUCCUUUGUUACUCAUGCCCUGUUGGGAUCCUACACACUACAGGCUGAACUUGGAGACUAUGACCCAGAAGAGCAAGGCAGUAUUGACCUCAGUGAUUUCCAGUUUGCUCCCAACCAGACUAAGGAGCUGGAGGAGAAAGUGGCAGAACUGCAUAAAACCCACAGGGGCUUAUCUCCAGCACAAGCUGAUUCUCAAUUCUUAGAAAAUGCAAAACGGCUUUCCAUGUAUGGUGUUGACCUUCAUCAUGCCAAGGACUCAGAAGGUGUGGACAUCAAGCUGGGCGUGUGUGCUAAUGGACUCCUUAUUUACAAAGACAGACUGAGAAUCAAUCGUUUUGCUUGGCCGAAAAUCCUGAAAAUUUCCUAUAAGCGCAGUAACUUCUACAUUAAAGUUAGGCCAGCAGAGCUGGAACAGUUUGAGAGCACCAUUGGAUUCAAACUGCCAAAUCAUCGGGCUGCUAAAAGGCUGUGGAAGGUGUGCGUGGAACAUCAUACUUUCUACAGGUAACUUUAAGAAAUGCUGUUGGUGCCCUCUACGGAUUGCGGUGGUAGUGGCUGCUAUGGAAAGUACAUUGAUCCCCUGCCUUAGGGUUCUUAUUCUCUUUAGGGUAACUUGGCUGUC